UUUUUAUAUAUUAUAGUUUAAUAAAAUCAUGAAAAGCUAAAUAUUGUGUUCUUUCUCAUUUUUCAUUUUCUUCUACACUAACUAUAUCCAUCAUCAUCAUCAUCAUCACCAUCACCUUGUUCAUCUUCCAUGGGAGAAAAGAAAAAGCUUAAAGAGAAAGAGAAAAUCAAGAAGCAAAAACACAAACACCCAAAUGAUGAAACCCCAAAACCCACUUCAGAUUUCACUUUUAAACCCAUUUCCGAUGUUAAAGGUCUCCGAUUCGGCGGUCAAUUCAUCGUUAAAUCCUUCACAAUCCGCCGUGCACGGCCUUUAGAACUCCUCCGUCUCCUGUCUCUUCCGCCGCCGACAACAAAAAACUCCAGUUUCACUUCAACUACAGCUUAUUUACCCACAAAUUUCACAAUCUUAGCUCAUCACGCUUGGCAUACUCUAACAUUAGGUCUCGGAACGAAGAAAUCAAAGGUAGUUUUAUUCGUUUUUGAAUCGGAAAAAAUGAAAUCUGAAAUCGACCCGAUUUGGCCUGUGGAGAUUCCGUUAGGUGAAGUGAAUAAGAAGAUGAUUCGAGGAUUAACAGGUACUGAAAUGGCGAGAUUUAAAUUUCGGAAAGGAUGUAUUACUUUUUAUGUUUAUGCUGUUAGAAGAAUUGGGGAUUUAGGGUUUACUUGUGCUGAAGAUCUGAAAUUAAUUUUGCAAUCGGUUGUUGCACUCAAAGAUUUCUUUGAUCAUACUGCUAUGUUAGCUAUGCCGAAUCAGAGAAGUAUCAAUUAUCCAGCUGAAAUUCAACAAAUGGGAAUUGCUCAUUAGCUGAAAUUUCCCCCUUCUCCUUCUCGUCUUCUUUCUUCUUCUCGGUUCUCGCUAUGUUGCUCGGAUUAUUCAAAAAUGUUAGUAACCCGUGUUAGAUGAUAUGCAUCCGUUGAUAAUUUUGAAGAAUCCGAGCAAUAUAAAUUCUGAAUUAUCAUUUCUCAGUUCUCGUCUGUGUCGUUCGGAUUAUUAAAAAAUGUUGGGGGAUUUUGACAUGUAUGUGUGGAUAAUUUUGAAGAGGUCGAGUAAUAUAAGUUCUGAAUCAUCAUUUUUCAGUUCUCGUUUACGUUGUUUGAAUUAUUCAAAAAUAUUGCGAAAUUUUGACAUGUAUGUGUCAAUAAUUUUAAAGAGUUCGAACAAUA